AUGUCUCAAAUCAACUACCGCACAAUCAACAUCGACGCCUACGACCCGGAGUCCUCGGUGAACUUCCCCAUGGAGACGCUCCUCCCGGCCACGCUCCCACCCCCCGAAACCUCCAGCGACGCCGCCACCGUCGCCAGCCAGGUGCGCCAGCUCCUCCGCAGCGGCGACUCGGAGGGCGCCAUGCGCCACGUGCUGGACACCGCGCCGCUGGGCGGCGACGACCGCGCAAAGGAGGUGCACAUGGCCACCGUCACCGAGGUGCUGCAGGGCAUCCGGCAGGGCGAGAUGACCCGCGUCCUGGAGGGCGUGUGUAGCGGGGAGGGCGGCUCCGAGCGGGCGGACUGUCUGAUGAAGUAUCUGUACAAGGGGAUGGCCUCGCCGGCGGCCGGCGGCGGCGCGCAGUCGCCCCGCAAGUCGGUCUCGCCGCAGAGUACCGGCUUCUCGCAGAUCCAGGCCCGCAAUCUCGGCGAGGGCGGCAGCAGCCAGCAGAUGAGUGUGUUGCUGAGCUGGCAUGAGAAGCUGGUCGAGCUGACGGGGACUGGAUCGAUUGUGCGGGUCAUGACGGAUCGGAGAACGGUCUAA